AUGUCCAAGAUUCUGAUUUUAACGGGAUUAAUUGCCGUUGCAACGGCAAUCGAGUCCGAUGGAAGGUUCGGAGCCGCACCAGCGGCCUUCGGCUUCGAUUCGACGGACGCGUUAACGCCGGAGAUUGCGGGUUGUUUGAAGAACAGUGGAUAUUCCGCGGCGUUUUUCCGAAUCUUCUCUGAUGGUCAUGGUGAUAUGAGAGGAGUGGAGAAUGCAGUGAAGGCCAGUGAAGGUGAGUUUUAGAGUAAAAAAAAACCAAAAAAGAUCAAGAAAUAUCAUUUUGAAAAUUAAAUUUUUUUAAACAUUUUCGUGAAAAAGCAUGUUUGACUUUGAAGGGUCAUAACUCAACGUAGGAUUGAUCAUUUUUAAUGAUCUUUUUUUUAAACAAUGUGGCAACUACUAAGGAAUAAAAUGAGCUAUUGCUCAUAAAAAUUGAACCAUCCUAUAAAAAGUUAUAAGCAUUUUACAUCCGCGAACUUAGCUGAACCACCCUGUACAUCAUUAUUUUCAGCCGGUAUAAAACUCGAAUUUUUCGUCACUCCUCGGGCUGUUAGAGGAGAUGCAAAGCGUCAACUCGACCUCCUGGCUGAUUUUGCGAACCAACAAAAGAUCGGGUUGAAGAGAGUCUGGCUUCAGGUCACUUCUCCACACAAUUGGCAAAGGAUUUGGGGACAUAACGUGGAGUUUAUCAAUGAUUUCAUCACUGCUGGAAAGGUAAGCCAAAAAAGUGUUCUUCUUUGUCAUGUUACAAAAAAAAGUUUGUUCACAUUUGGCCGAAAUUUGGGCAAAGGUUUGUUUAGGUCAUAUCAGUCUGUCGGGAAAAUAAUGAGCACUCUGUCGGAUCGAAAAUCGCAUCGCCAUUGAGGAAUUGAAUUGUAUCGCUGAAAAAUCAAAUUUCUUUUCACUACAGUGAAGCUACAGUGAGGGACCGGGUCCAAUGGCAAAAAACGUCUCAUUUUGCAUCCCGGUAGGGCCCAAAAUGUCUCCAAACCCUUCCCUUCUCUAACAAUAAGCUAAAAUCCCCGCUUUGAAGAGCCCGCCUUGAAGGAAAGGGCGCGCUUUUCAAAGCGGAGUUUUUUAGCCUAGAGAAGGGAAGGGUUUGGAGUCAUUUUGGUCCCUUCCGGGAUGCAAAAUGAGACGUUUUUUGCUAUUGGUUCAAGUCCCUCACUGUAUCGGCGCAGCGACAUUGAGCUCAUUAUUCUUCCGACCGAGUGAGAGAUCACGACGUUUUCGAAUGCCUAUGCGAGUGAAAUAUUUUGAGAAAGUGUGUAGACAUUUGUAUCGCCAUUUUUUCGCUUGAAGUUUUGCGAUGUGAAAUUGGGGUAUCGCAAUGUUCCUUCAACGAUCUUUGCCGACGAGAGAGUAUGAAAAAUUAGGGGAGCUAUUUUAAGACUAAAAGUCUCGCAUAUGCCUUAUUAUCAGCUUGUCGGGAAAAUAAUAAGCACUUUGUUGUAUAAAAAAUCGAUCAGCGCCGAGGAAGUGAAUUGCAUCGCGGCGAACGCAAAUUUCUUCUCACUCCAGCAACCCAAUCGGCGCAGCGACAUUGUGUUCAUUAUUUUCCCGACAGACUGAUCAUUUGACAGAAAUCUUUUUUUUUUUCUUUUAUACCGCUCUCUUCAUUUUCCGUACUCCAUUGGCCGCAAAGACAUCUGAACUGCCAAGGGCCCUGAAAACCGCCUGAGGCGUCUUCACCUCUGACUUUCCCAAAACAAAAAAUUUCAGGCCAGAGGAAUCAAAGUCGGCCUUUUCACCAACUGGUACGACUACGAAGACAUUACCGACCACUCUCGUCAAGUUCAAGCUGCCGAGAUCUGGUAUUGGCAUGCCAUUUCUGAAGGCCCGAAUGGCGAAACUUCCAAGGAUUUCCGCGAUUUCCGACCCUUUGGCCCAUUCAAAGGCUGGCCAUUGGCCAAACAAUACGGCGUUGAGGAGAAGAUUUGCAAUUACAAUGCCAAUGUCAAUGUUUUCCCGGCGUCAUCGAUGAAUUCGAAUGGGGAUAACAGUAUUCCAAUCGGGGAGGGCGCGGCUUUUGUCAAGAGCAAUUGA